AUGGUGAAGGACAUGUUUCAUACGAGGAGUGCCCUCAAUGCUUUGGACUCGUAUUGCAGGAAGACCAACACUAAGACUUUAAAGAAACUGUCACUGUUCCUAGGUGCUUACCUACCGGGGACUGCUAGCAGUCCACAUCCCUUUGAUUGCGCAUCUUAUUCGAAAAGCGAUGUACGAACUACGAUAUUUAACCAAUGCAAGAAACUGGAUACAUUGAGGAAGCUUAGUGUGCAAAAUGGUGGAGUUACAAUCCUGGCUAUACAGCUUGGGUUGUCACAUUUCACUUACUCGAAGUUUAGAUGUGAUUUCACUGGCUUUGAUACAGUACCUGCAAAUGCAGUACCUCUGUUAGAAGACUGGGGCCAUAUUUCCCUGAAGGAUCCACAGUUUUUGAGAGAAAAUCGUACCAAGAUAUCACUACAUCCAACCGAUACUUUCCAUUCUAUGAAUAAAAUUUCAGACUACUUUCAAAAGAUGUAUAAAUCUGAUUUUUAUGUCUUACAACGACCUAGACAGAAAUUUAGAAUUGCUAACGCUGAACAGUUUCAGCAGAGAUCUCAAUUGUUAGAGUAUGCCAUCACAUUAAAUGUUUAUGAACAUUUACUUUUCUCAUCCUUUCAAAAUUCAACAAAGGAUCUAGUUAAUGACGACAUUAAUGAAAUCGUAACUAUCUCAGAUGCAAGGGCUAUUCCCAAGAUGUGGUCAGUUUACACCCCAAUUAGAGCCUCUUUACGUGAUUCUUUUGGUACAGGAUCAGAGGAAGCAAAAUUAAGAGUCUAUUCUGGUAAAGUUCAAAGCACAAUUAUGGUGGAAACUACAAGAAGAAUUCUUGAAAAUUGUUUAGAUCCGAAAUUUCAAGAUUAUUCAAUCAAUAUUUCACCUGAUUGGGACUUCCGUCUACAAAAUACUAUACCACUUACCCCUGAUUGGAGAAUUAGAGACAUGCUAGAUUUACAGGAUACAAAGUUGACAGACGUCGACUUGUCUAGUGUGUUUUUAGAAGGAUUGAGUUGGUCGUACUGGUUCCGUGCUUAUGUCGAGUUGAUUAGUAUAGUCACAAGCUCUGGAGGACGCUAUGAAGAAGGAUUAUUGAAAAGAUUCAAUAACUAUGUUAAAGAAAGUAAAGCACGUUUUGAAACUUUCCAAAAGAAUAAUUCAUGUAGGUUGAAGACGUUGAAUUAA